GUGCGCGCUCAGGCACGAAAGGCGCGCGCGCAGGACAUCAGCACACCGGCCGGGUCAAAGCUGCAAGGAUGGAGAUCCGACCAGACAGGUUCAAGGCUGUGGCGGGCAAAACUCUGGGGAAAAUUCACAGGUUGAUCGAGAAACGCCAACCAAAUGGAGAAACCAUUGAGUUGUCGGCAGAGGGCCGCCCUGAGCUGGUGGAGGAGAAGGAAAUGCCCGUGGUGGACUGUACCUGCUUCGGUCUCCCCAGGCGGUACAUCAUCGCCAUCCUGUCUGGCCUGGGGUUCUGCAUCUCUUUUGGUAUCCGCUGCAACCUCGGUGUGGCCAUCGUAAGCAUGGUCAACGACCACACAGUCUACAAAGGCAACAAGGAAGUGCUUGUGGCUGCACAGUUCACCUGGGAUCCAGAGACAGUGGGGAUGAUCCAUGGCUCCUUCUUCUGGGGCUACAUAGUCACACAGAUCCCGGGUGGAUUUAUAUGUCAAAAAUUUGCAGCAAACAGAGUGUUUGGGUUCGCCAUUGUGGCCACAUCCACCCUCAACAUGCUGAUUCCAUCUGCGGCUCGCUGCCAUUAUAGCUGCGUCAUCCUUGUCAGGAUAUGUCAAGGCCUUGUUGAGGGUGUAUCAUACCCUGCCUGCCAUGGGAUCUGGGCUAAGUGGGCGCCUCCUCUCGAGAGAAGUCGGUUAGCCACAACAGCCUUUUGUGGAUCCUAUGCAGGGGCAGUAGUGGCGAUGCCUUUAGCUGGGAUACUGGUGCAAUACAUCGGGUGGCCUUCUGUAUUUUAUGUCUAUGGCAGCUUUGGGAUCUUCUGGUACUUGUUUUGGAUCCUGGUGUCAUACGAAAGCCCAGCUGCCCACCCCACAAUCACAGCUGAGGAGAGGAAAUACAUAGAAGAGGCAAUCGGGGAGUCUUCGUCAUUUCUUAAUCCCCUUCAGAAAUUUAAAACUCCAUGGAGACAGUUCUUCACGUCCAUGCCGGUCUACGCCAUCAUUGUGGCCAACUUCUGCAGGAGCUGGACCUUCUACCUCCUGCUCAUCAGCCAACCCGCUUACUUUGAAGAAGUCUUUGGCUUUGAAAUCAGCAAGGUGGGGAUGGUGUCCGCUCUGCCCCAUCUGGUGAUGACGAUCAUUGUGCCUAUUGGCGGCCAGCUGGCUGACUACCUGAGGAGUCACAACCUGAUGACCACCACCAACGUCAGGAAGCUCAUGAACUGUGGAGGGUUUGGAAUGGAGGCCACCCUCCUGCUAGUGGUGGGAUACUCUCACACCAAAGUUAUUGCUAUUAGUUUCUUGGUUCUCGCUGUUGGAUUCAGCGGCUUUGCCAUCUCAGGGUUUAAUGUCAAUCACUUGGAUAUCGCCCCUCGAUAUGCCAGCAUACUGAUGGGCAUCUCAAACGGCGUUGGUACUUUAUCUGGAAUGGUGUGUCCUCUCAUCGUUGGAGCCAUGACCAAACACAAGACCCGAGAGGAGUGGCAGUACGUCUUCCUUAUAGCUUCACUGGUUCAUUAUGGAGGAGUGGUUUUCUAUGGACUCUUUGCAUCGGGAGAAAAGCAGCCGUGGGCGGACAUUGAGGACACAAGUGACGAGAAGUGUGGCAUAAUUGAUGAGGAUGAAUUAGCCAAUGAGACUGAGGAACUAUAUCGAGGGGGCGGGCAGUACGGAGCCAUCAAUCAACCGGUGGUUGGUUCAAAUGGAGGAGGAGGAGGAGGAGGAGGAGGAGGAGGAGGAGCGGGAUGGGUGACAGACUGGGACAAGUCUGAGGAGUAUGUUCAACCUCCAGGACACAACUCCUACAUGCAUGAGAGGGAGAAGGAGAAAGAGCUGACAUAAGAGAGUGAAUUGACACAAA